CCAAUGCCUCUCCUGCUCCUUCUCCUUCUCCGAUGAAACCCUAGAACUCCUCCAACUCCUGUCCUCUCUCGCCAAAAUGCCGAAUUUUUAUCCUAUUAUGGUCGCUUUUGCGAUUUUGAUGUUAUUGCUGUUGGUUUGUCUUGUGGAUGCUAUUCCUAUGACACUUGAUGGGCCGUUUCCUCCAUUGACGGUGUCUCUUGAUGAUAGUGGGUUCCGUGGGAAUGCUGUUGACCUCCCUGAUACUGAUCCCAGGGUACGUCGGAGGGUGAAUGGGUUUGAACCGGAGCAGAUCUCUGUUUCUCUCUCGUCUCUUGCUGAUUCUGUUUGGAUCUCUUGGAUUACAGGGGAAUCUCAAAUUGGGGAGGAUAUCAAGCCAUUGGAUCCUAAUAGCGUUGCUAGUGUUGUUCGAUAUGGAAGUCUGAGGCACACUUUGAGUCAUGAAGCCACUGGAUACUCACUUGUUUACAAUCAGCUUUAUCCAUUUCAAGGCCUUCAGAACUAUACUUCUGGGAUAAUCCAUCAUGUUCGCCUGACAGGGUUGGAGCCUGGGGAACAGUAUUAUUAUAAAUGUGGAGACCCUUCUAUACCAGCCAUGAGUGCUGUCCAUGCUUUCAAAACCAUGCCAAUUUCUAGUCCUCAAAGUUACCCAAAUCGAAUAGCUAUUGUUGGUGAUUUGGGUCUAACAUACAAUACCACGUCAACAAUUGAUCAUAUGAGUAGUAACGAGCCUGACUUGAUUGUAUUAGUUGGUGAUGUUACUUACGCAAAUUUGUACUUGACAAAUGGAACUGGGUCAGAUUGCUAUUCUUGUUCAUUUCCACAAACUCUGAUACAUGAAACAUACCAACCUCGAUGGGAUUACUGGGGAAGGUUUAUGGAGCCUGUGGUGUCAACAAUUCCACUAAUGGUUGUGGAAGGAAACCAUGAGAUAGAAGAACAGGCAGAGCAUAAAACUUUUCUUUCAUACAGCUCUAGAUUUGCUUUCCCAUCAGUAGAAAGUGGAUCUUUUUCCACAUUUUAUUAUUCUUUUAAUGCUGGGGGCAUUCAUUUCAUCAUGCUGGGUGCAUAUAUUUCCUACUACAAGCAGGGGGAACAGUACAAGUGGCUGGAAAGAGACCUGGCAAGUGUAGAUAGAACAGUGACGCCUUGGUUAAUAGCUACUUGGCAUCCCCCCUGGUAUAGCACCUACAAAGCACAUUACAGGGAAGCAGAAUGCAUGAGGGUUGAAAUGGAAGAGCUGCUGUACUUAUAUGGUGUUGAUGUAGUCUUCAAUGGUCAUGUUCAUGCAUAUGAAAGGUCGAACCGCGUCUACAACUUCUCCCUGGAUUCAUGCGCUCCUUUGCAUAUCAUGAUAGGUGAUGGCGGCAACCGGGAGAAGAUGGCAAUAAAACAUGCUGAUGAUCCUGGUGAAUGUCCUGAUCCAUUGACCACUCCAGAUGAGUACAUGGGUGGUUUUUGUGCUUUCAAUUUCACCACAGGUCCAGCUGCUGGUAAAUUCUGCUGGGAUCGCCAGCCUGAUUUCAGUGCCUACAGAGAGAGUAGCUUCGGACACGGAAUUCUUGAGGUGAAAAAUGAGACCCAUGCUCUAUGGACAUGGCACCGGAAUCAGGACACAUACAAUAGUGCAGGAGACCAGAUUUACAUUGUUAGGCAGCCUGACAAAUGCCCUGUUCGAACUAAUCCCGCACUCAAAUCUAAAUCGCCGCGUCAUUUACUUAGGGACAUCUAAAAGAUGUUAUGUACUAGUAGCAAGCAAGCUCCUUCCAAUUAAGUGUGGAGUUUUUUACAAUCACAUUGUUUCAAACCAAGUGAAGAUAAUAAUAUGUUGUUAGAGCUGUAGGGAAGUAUCCCUGUAGAACAGUAGUAGAUCAUUACAGAGAUUGAGCUAGAAGGUUAUAGACUUACAGUGAAAGAAAAUUUUGGAGUUUGAAUGACAUUAGAGAACGUUCACAGAGCUAAAGAAAUUAUGGUUUUGUAAUCAGUUUGAUAAUCACAGGAGAAUUAUUGGUGAUUUUGAUGUAUAGUAUAUGAAUUUGGUGUAUAGAGUAUUGUGUUAAUUGCCUAUUUUCAGUGUUUCCUUCCCUCCCUGUUUUGUUUCUGAGCAUGUAUUUUGUAGUGUUGUUAAUGUUAUGAA